CUCACCACCAAACCGCGCGCCACCGCCACCAGCAAAGAUUUAUAUAUAUACGUGUUCAUAGGACUAGGAGCAGCUCACCAGAAUCGCUUAAGAAGAUUCGAAACCACUCCACCAUUUUGUUUUCAGCAAAAGCUCGGCACCUAAUCAUUCUCCAAGCACUCCGGCUGUGACUGCUUUGCUUUCUUGCUUCCGAUCGCGCGCUGUGCUCCAGGCUUGGUGGUGGGCGAUGACUAUGAGCCGCGGGUGCAGGCUGCGGUGGCUGUGGCGGGCGCCGGCGCGGGCGCUGGGGCGGGCGCGGGACCUGUACGUGCGGCGGAUGACGGCGUGCGCGGGCUACGCCCCCUCCCACGCCGCGUUCGGGUACCCGGUGUUCGCGCCGCCGGCGGCGCUGUCGAGGAGCCACAGCGCCGCGGGGUCCGACUGGGGCGCCGGGUCCGGGGCGGACGAGGACCUCCGGGAGCUGGUGCGCGCCGCAUCGGAGAGGCGCGCGGAGCAGCUCCGGGCGGAGCUGCGGGCCGUGGCGCGGAGCCAGAGCAUGGCCGCCGCGCUCACCAUGGCGCGGAUCGACGAGGACGCGCCCUGCGACGACUUCGGCGCCGGCGACGGGCCCGGCGCGCUGCUGGGCGCGAGGAGCCAGAGCUGCAUCGGCGGGGACGCCCGGAGGAGGGCCCGCGUGCACCGGAAGGUGGCGGCCCUGGUCUGAUGAUCCGACCGUCAGUGCCCAGUGCGCCCGAUCGUGUCACGCACCAGUUCUUAGUGCCAAGUGUGGUCAUGUCAAUACUAAAAAAACUGGGAUUGUUUCGCCACCUGUCGAGUGCGCUUCAAAGCAUCUCGCGUCGUUUCGGCGUUGUAUUGCUCCAGCGGCAUUUUCACUUGCAGCGCUCGGUUUUAUGCAAGGAAUUCGCGCAUCGCACUU